GAGCUGGUGAACUUUGAAUGUAGUAACUCAUGGAGGACUUUUGAGCUUGUUACCACAUUAUUUCCAGAUCUGCUUUGCUUCGCUUCCGUCUCAGCAAAAGACCUCUCGCCUUCAUCAUGUCAACCAUCAAAGUUGGUGUUGUGGGCUAUGGCUUCGCCGCCAAGAGCUUCCACCUGCCCUUCAUCACUGCCAAUAAUGACUACAAAGUGAUCUCCAUCCUUCAACGCGCAGAGGCUCCCCAGGACCUAUCUUCAGCAGCACCUGGCUCCCACUGCAAAGUCGACUUCCCCAAUAUUAGACAUUAUCGCACAGAGGAGGAGUUCUUCGCCGAUCCUGAUACGCAACUCAUUGUUGUCGCAACACACACAGACACCCACGCCUCAUUUGCCGAGAAGGCCUUGCAAGCUGGUAAACACGCAAUUGCGGAUAAGCCAUUUGCGAGAUCAUCCGAGGAAGCAGACCGUGUCAUCAACCUUGCAGACAGCAAGGGCCUGAUUCUGACUUGUUUCCAAAACCGAAGAUGGGAUGGCGAUUUCCAGACUUUAAGAAAACUCAUCAAAGAGGAUGCAUUGGGUGACAUCAAAGAAGCUGAGAUUCACUAUGACUUCGAGUCACCUAGUUGGCUCUCGGGAAUGUCAAAGAAAGAGUACACUCCUGGCGAUGGCAUGGCCUUUGGCCUUGGAACCCAUAGCAUUGAUCAGGCCGUUACGCUUUUUGGUCGUCCAAAGUCCGUGACAGGCUUCUUCCGAGCUCAGAGAGGCAUUGAAAGCGAGGUUGAGGACUCUUUUACAAUCAUUCUGCAGUAUGGUGGACCUCAGAAAGACCUCCUGGUCACUGUCAAGACCUCGGUCACCACGCCUAUGUCGCAGCAAUUGAAACACUUCAUUCGAGGUACCAAGGGCUCUUGGCUUAAGUUCCAACAAAGAAGCACAUGCCCUCAAGAAGAGCAAAUUGCAGAGGGGCGCAAACCAUUGGAGCCAGGCUUCGGCGAAGAGCCAGCCGAGGUGUAUGGUACUUUGACCACGUACGAGGAGUUCAGCAAGGAUCAGAAGUUUGAUGAGGCGACGAAGAAGUAUGUUGGCCGAGUCCCAACCAUCGCCGGGCGAUGGCUGGGUAUCUAUGAGAACCUGGCAGAUGCCAUCAACGGCAAAGCCGAGUUGGAGGUUAAAGCGAGGCAAUCUCGUGACGCCAUCAGGAUCAUCGAGCUUGCAAGGGAAUCUCACAAAUCUGGAGCUACUAUCUCAUGGAAGUAGAGCCUCUCGCCAGCGGCCUAAUCUCUUGAUGCCAUAGUGUGUUAUUUACUCACUGCAACCUUGCGCUUGAUUUGAAAUGGAAACGAGGUGCUGGUAAUCUAAAGGCAUUCAAUUCCCCAGAAAGAGACUACUAGUAUCCUGCAGUGACAUUAAAAUUCGU